AUGGCUCAGCGAGCGGGCUGGUUCUCGUCAGAGCACAAGUCGAAGCAUCUGCUCGCGACGAUCAAGGAGAAGGAUGGCGAGAUUGAGAACCUUCACACGACCAUCGAUUCCCUUCACCAGGAACUGGAGAAUGAAAAGUCGGAUAAGCGAUCCAUGACUCAGGAUUUCAAGCGACUAGCCGACACGGUGAAGCAGCUUCACCAUGACUCAACCGUCAGAACCAAGGAGAAAGCGUCCAUCGAGCGGGAAAGGGUGCGGCUGCAGGAGAAAGUGCAGAAGGCGGAAAGGGAGGCGCAGUUGCUGCGAGGGAGAGUGAGCGAGCUGGAAGAUCAGGUGCUGGCGCAGGAGCAGGAGCUGCAGGAAGCCACCUACCGCAUGGAGAAGGCUGUGCGGGAGGAGGAGCGGAAGAGCGUGGAGAUUCAGCGGAGGCUGGGCGAGGAGUAUCAGGCGGCCAUGGACGGCCAGAACCGGCUGCAGGCCAUGCUGGAGGAUCAGGGGAAGCGGGUGGACGAGCUGACGACGCUGCUGAGCCAAAAGGGGCUGGAGUGCAAGGAGGUUUCCCAGAAGCUGCAUUCGGUGAAGGAAGAGAAUAGCAAGCUGCGGCGUCGGCUCAAGGCGACUGCCUUGGCCCAGAGCUGCGAGGCAGGCUCGGCAAGCCCGGACCUGCGGGAGGCUCUGGCUCGGGCGGAAAGACAGCUGCUGGAGAAGAAGCAGCAGGUGGAAGUGGCCGAGGCUCUUAAUGAGGAACUCAAGGAGCAGGUGAAACACCUGACCGGGCGGUUGAGCCAGGAGGAUCUUCAGGUGUUUCGGCAGUCGUUCAAGGGGCGGUUGACAGCAGCGGAGCAGUGUAUAUCGGAGCAGGAGCAGAAGAGCAAAGCGCUCAGUCACGCCGCAGAGGCACACAUGGGUCUGGGGGAGAGAUUGAAGGAGGUGGAGGAGGAGUGUGGGAGAUGGAGGGAAAUUGCUAGAGAGAGUGAGAUAAGGGCGGGUGGGGCGGAAGAGGCGCGUAGGCUUGCAGUGGAGCAGCUUGAAACGAGGAUGCGCGCGUGGGAGAGGGAGAAGGAGGAGCUUGUGCGGAGAAUGGAGGAGUUGGAAGGGUUGGAGAGGGAGAAUGGAGUGUGGGGAGUGGAGGAAGUCAAGGAACGGUUGAGGAUAGCAGAGGAAGAGAGGGACGAGAUGCGGAGGCGUCUGGAAGAGGCUUUAGAGGCUUGUUCCGAGAGUGAAACGCUAGUGGAUGCUAUUGAAAGAUCCAGGGAAGGGCUUAAGCAGGAAGUGCAGGGGUUAAGUGAGAGGAUUCGGGAGAUAGAAGGGGAGUUGGAAAAUCUGAGGGACCAAAUGACAGAGGCUGUGGAAGGGAGGAGAACUGCGGAGGAGGAAGCUGAGCUGGUAAGGCAGGAGUUGAAUGUGGUGCAGAGGGAGCUGCUUGAUGUGAAAGAGGAGGUGCUUAUAGCGAGGCAGGACGUAGAGAGGGCAAGGGAGAGGGAGGCAGCCGGGGAUGAGGCGAGAAGAGCGGAGAGGGAGGCUGGGGAGAGGCUGCAAGAGGCGGAGGGACGACUGAGGGAAGCCGAGGGGAUGAUUGAAGAGCUGAGGGAGAAGGAAGGGGGGUUACUGAGGGAAGUGGAGAGUGUGAGGGGCGAGUUAGAGGCGAAGGAGAGAGGAAUGGAAGAGCGGGAGGAGAAGGUGAGGGAGCUUGAACAGCAGAUUGAAGGGCUUCAGGAGGAGGUGGAGAGGGAGAGGGAGGCUGUGAGGCGGGUAGAGACAGAGAAGCAGGAGAUUUCUCAGAGGAUUUCUCAGGAGAUUUCUCAGGAGAUGGAAGCUCGGGUUGAGGGGUUGGAGGAGCAGGUUAGGGGGCUUGAGGGGGAGGUGGAGAGGGAGAAGGAGCGAGUGGUGUGUGUGGAAAUGGCUCUGAGGAGGAAAGAAGAGGAGGUGCAGAGAGGUAGAGAGGAACGGGAGGGGAUGGAGAGGGAAAUUGAGAAAAUGAAGGAGAAGGUUGAGGAGGAGGUGAAGGGGAGAGUGGAGGCGGAGGUGAAAGUGCGUGAGAUGGAAGAGGAGAAGAGGAGAGCAGAGGAGGAGAGAGAAAAGGAGGUGGAAGGAUUGAAGGGAGAGGUGGAGAGGCUUGAGAAUGAGGUUGAGAAGGUUCGGGAGGAGUUGGAGGGAGUGAGAGGGCAGGUGGUGGGGGAGAGUGAGGUGAGGCGAAGGCUGGAGACUGUAGAAGGGGAGUAUGGACGACUGAGAAUGGAACUUUCGACGAAAGUGAGAGAGGCUGCAGCAGAGAGAGAAGCGAGGGAGGAGAAGGAGAGGGAGUUGCAGGAAGUAAGGGAGGCAGCAGUGGUUGCGACCGAGGAGUGGAAGAAGGAGUUGGGAGAGGUUGAGAGGGUUAUGGGGGUGAUUCGGGAGGAGCGGGAGGCGGUGCAGAGGGAAUGUGAGCGGUUGAGGGAAGAGGCGGAGGAGAGGGAGGUACAGGUGAGGCUCUUGGAAGGGGCAAGGGAUGAUGUGGUUGCUGCGAUGGGAGGGAUUCGGGAUGAGAAGAGAAAGGUUGAGAGGGAUAUGGAGGAGCGUUUUGAAGCUCUGAAGGUGGAGAUUGAGGAGGUGAGGAGGAAGGGGGAAGAGGUGAGGGAGGCGCGGGAGAAGGAGCGGAAGGAAAGGGAGGAGGAGAGGAAGGAGAGGGAGGAGGAGCAGCGUGGUUUGGAGAAGGAGAGGAGGCAGUGGGAGGAGGAGAGGGAGAAGAUGGAGCAGGAGCAGGGAAGGAUGGAGGAGGAAAGGAGGCGGUGGGAAGAGGAGGUGGGUGCUGCGAGAGAGGCUGUGGAGGAGGCAGAGGGGAAGGCGAGCGCCGCAAGGGAGUUGGUGGAUGAGUUACAGAGAGAAUUAGAGAUUGUGCAGAGAGAGAGAGAGGCGUUGCAGGGAGAGACUGAUGCGCUGAGGGAGCAGCUAAGGGAGGCAGCGGAGGAGGCGGAGGAGAAGGCGAGCGCUGCUAGGGAGUUGGUGGAUGGGCUACAGAGAGAGAUUGAUUCGCUGCAAGGGGAGAUUGAUGCGCUGAGGGAACAGGGGCAGGGACAGGGGCAGGGGCAGGGACAGGUGGAGGAGUUGAAGGAGCAGCUGAGGGAGGCGGAGGAGGCGCUGAGCAUGAACGAGACGAAUCUGUUGGCGUCCGAUUGGGCUGUGCAGCAGCUGGCAGGGGAGCUGUCGACUGUGAAAAGGGUGAGUGGGGAGGGUGCGAGCAUGCAUGAUGAUGCUAUGGCACAGCUGGCAGGGGAGCUAUCGACUGUGAAGAGGGUGAGUGGCAUGGGGGAGAUGGCGUGCGAACAGAAACUGGUGGAGAGGGAAAAGGAAUUGGCAGAACUACAGGACCGAUUAUCAGUGGUGGAUCAUGCAGUGGAGGAGAAGGAGAGGGACCUGGAGAGACUGGCGGCAGCACUGCAGGAGGCGAACAAGAAGCGGUGGGCGCGGGCUCAGCAGAUCAAACAGAUGGAAGCCGAGAUGGCGGUGCUGAGGGGGCAGGUGCAGGGGCAGGUGGGGAGUCUGGGAGGUGCAAGUGGGGGUGACGGGAGUGCAGAGAAGAGUGACGCUAGAAGGGAGGGCGAGAGGGAGAAGGAAGAGGAGAUGGAGAGGCAGGGGCAGGGCCAGGAGCAGCAGCAGAAGCAGGAGGAGCAGGGGCAGGAUCAGAAGCAGGAACAGGAUCAGGGGCAGGAGAUGGAAAGGGAGUUGAGGGAGGCAAGGGAGGCUGUUCAGCGAUUGCUGUUAGAGGUGAACGAAGGAAGAAGGGAGGUGGAGGGGAGGAGAAAGAGAGAGGAGGAGCUGAAGGAGGAGGUGGAGGAGGGAAGGGAGAGAGUGAGGGAGGUGGAGGUUCGACAGGGAGAGGCGGAGAGGCGAGUGAGGGAGCUGGAGGAGGAGGUGUGUGGGUUGAAGGGGAUGAUGGAGAGGAGGGGCGAGGAAGAGGAGGAGCGAGAGUUUGAAGCAGCAGCUAGGCGGGAGGCCAAGUCCCGGAGAGAGGAGCUGGAGCUGAAUAGCAGGCUGCUGGCUGAUGCUGUUAGCCUGAAUGAUGAGAAUGAGGUGACUCUGAAACGGUUGAGGGAUGAGGUGUUAGCUCUGAGGGAGAAGCUAGAGGGUGUGGAGGCAGCGAGAGAGAAGGAGAGGAGAGGAGGGGGGGUGGGGAGUGGAGGGGAGAUUGGGGGUGGAGGAGGGGGAGAGGGGGAGCUGGGGCGGUUGAGGGAGGAGGUGAAGGGGCUGCGGGCGAAGCUGCGGGUUGCUGAGAUGGAGUGGGAGAGUGAGAGGGCGCAGAAGGGGCGGGCGGAAGAGGCACUAGUGAAGUACAGGAGGAAGCUGAGUGAGAGAGAGGAGGAGCUUCAUGAUGCCUUGGAUAGGCUCUCUGCUGCUGCUGCUGCUGCUGCUGGUGCGGGUGGUGGUAGUUCUGGUGCUGUUGCUGGUGUUGGUGGUGUUGGUGUUUCCAGGGAGGAUUCUGCAGCAGCUCCUGCUUUACAAGACAGGGUGUUUGCUCUUGAAAGGGAGAAAACAGACCUUCUGUUUCAGCUGGAGCAGCAGCAACACGCGGACCGCCUUAUGGCUGCCUCUAGCCUCACCCCUGCUCGAUCCACCUUUCUGUUGCAAACACCUGCUAAAACACCUGCGAAUGCACCUGCUAAGGCUGGUUUUACAGCUGCGACAGGCCCCACUAUUGCAGCAGCAGCUGUUAACACACCUGCUACUGCAGCCGCAACAGCCGCCACAGCCGCCACAAUCACCUUUGGUGCCAAACCGAAAUCACCUCUUGCUUUCGGAGCUAAUGCAGGAACCCCCAUGGCUUUCAGUGCUCAAGCCAAGUCGCCCACCCCGUUCAGAACCCACGGUGCCUCUCCUGCGCCUUUCAGAACCCAAGGUGCGGGGGGUGCCUCUCCUGCAGAUACGGGAGGUGGGAUCAAGUCCCCCUGGCGGCGCCGGGCGGCUGAGAAGGUUCCUGGAACUUCCCCUUGGAGGAGGAAUCUGCAGGGGGUGGGUGCGGGGUUGGCGAUGACCUUGGCAGGUGUUGGGAGUGGGGGAGGUGGGGAGGGAGGGAGCAUGGAUGAAAAGGAGGAGGGAAAGAAGCAGGAGACGAGAGUGGGGUUGGAGGAGGGGCAGAAGCAGGAGGAGGUUGGGAAGGGUGAGGAGGAGGAGAAUGGCAUGCAGAAAGGGGAGGAGCGAGAGAUGGGGGAGCAGGAGACUGAAACGCCAGAGAAGAAUCCGAAGCAGGAGCAAGCACAGCAGGAGCAAGCACACGGGGAGGAGAGCGGUAGCGGUGACCUUGUGAUGGUGAGAUGUGCGUCACUCUCCCCCUCGCCCUCCCAGAACAUCAUCCCGGCCAACUCUCUCCAGAAAGCCAGCUCAGAAAAGCAUUUGCAUCGGAGCAGGAGGCAAGCAGAGGGGCCGGAUAACAAAGAGGGAGGGGGCGAGGUUGGGAGUGGUGGUGCGGGGGUAGGGAGGGAUGGGAGCGGGAGUGUGGAGAGGAAGGGGGGAGGUGGUAGGGAGGUGGAUGGUGGAGGGGAUGAUGGGUCGCCUUCUAAGCGCGUGCGGCUGUCCAUGCUGAGAUGA